AUGGAGCGGCGAGGAGGAGCGGCGGCGCCGUCGCUGGAGCUGCCGGGGUUCCGGUUCCACCCCACGGAGGAGGAGCUGCUCGAGUUCUACCUCAAGCACCACGUCACCAGCAACAGCAACAAGAAUCAGCAGCAGCACCUCAGGGCGGCGCCGUUCGACAUCAUCCCCACGGUGCACCUGUACCGGCACGACCCCUGGGACCUCCCGGGGCUGGCCGCCAUCGCCAGCGAGCGGGAGUGGUACUUCCUCGUGCCCCGCGACGGCGCCCGGAAGCACGCGGCGUCCGGCGGCGGCGGCGGCGGGCGCCCGAGCCGCACCACGGAGCGCGGGUUCUGGAAGGCCACGGGGUCCGACCGCGCCGUGCGCUGCGCCGCCGACCCCAAGCGCCUCGUCGGGCUCAAGAAGACGCUCGUCUAUUACCAGGGCCGCGCGCCGCGGGGCACCAAGACCGACUGGGUCAUGAACGAGUACCGGCUGCCCGACCUUGCCGGCGCCGGCGCCGGCGAGCAGCAGGACGUGGUGCUCUGCAAGGUGUACCGCAAGGCCGUGUCGCUCAAGGAGCUGGAGCAGCGGGUGGCCAUGGAGGAGCUCGCGCGCGCGCGCUCCUCCCCGCCCACCGCCACGGCCUCGCGCUCCCUCUCCCACUGCAGCGCCGGCUCGCCCGACGUCUCGUCCGCGUCCGAGGUCGCCCACGAGGCCGCCGUGCAGCACCACGGGGUGAAGAAGGAGGAGGCCGUGGCGGUGGCGGUGGCGAGGCCGGAGGCGAUGCGGCUGCCGCAGCUGGAGACGGCGAGGGGCGGGCUGGAGUGGAUGCAGGACCCGUUCCUGACGCAGCUGAGGAGCCCCUGGAUGGAGGGCCUCUGCUUGUCUCCCUACUACGCCAGCAGCGUCCUCAACUUCUAG